CCGGAAGUUACAGUCAAGAAGCUAGUGUUCAUGAGCUCGGCAGGAGUGGACCGGCAAAGACGAUACCGGGGGAGAAUAAGCGUCAGUUGACGGCGAAACAACGCACAUUCCACGGAAUGAAACGUAUUGAGUUACUUAUUGUGAACAUCAGCAUUGCAAGAGCCUGACGUCCAAGUGUUGAUAAGUCUUGUCUAUUUCUGAGGAAGGAGUGUGACUGGCCGCUCUGUUGACUGGUGACAAGGAUCCUGUUCUUUCAGUGACCCCGGUGCGUGUCUGUGUGACCAUAGUGUGUGAGCAGCUCUACCUCCCUAUGUGUGUCACAAUGGGGGACAUCAGUGACCUGGACCGACAGAUAGAGCAGCUCAGACGCUGUGAGCUUAUUAAAGAAAAUGAAGUCAAGGCACUGUGUGCCAAAGCCAGAGAGAUCCUGGUCGAAGAAAGCAAUGUCCAGCGAGUAGACUCUCCUGUCACAGUGUGUGGUGAUAUACAUGGUCAGUUCUAUGACUUGAAAGAGCUGUUUAGAGUUGGUGGUGAUGUCCCAGAGACAAAUUAUCUCUUCAUGGGUGAUUUUGUGGACAGAGGCUUCUACAGUGUGGAGACUUUCCUUCUUCUGCUAGCUCUUAAGGUGCGCUAUCCAGACAGGAUAACCCUGAUUCGGGGAAAUCAUGAGUCCCGCCAAAUCACCCAGGUCUAUGGCUUCUAUGAUGAGUGCCUUCGCAAAUACGGCUCAGUCACAGUCUGGAGAUACUGCACUGAGAUAUUUGACUAUUUGUCCCUCUCUGCUAUCAUUGAUGGCAAGAUCUUUUGUGUGCACGGUGGCUUGUCUCCCUCUAUCCAGACACUGGACCAGAUCCGAACCAUAGACAGAAAACAGGAAGUUCCACAUGAUGGGCCUAUGUGUGACCUACUGUGGUCAGACCCUGAAGACACCACAGGGUGGGGUGUGAGUCCCAGAGGUGCUGGCUACUUGUUUGGGAGUGACGUGGUGGCCCAGUUCAAUGCUGCAAAUGACAUCCACAUGAUCUGUCGAGCACACCAGUUGGUCAUGGAGGGCUACAAGUGGCACUUCAACGAAACAGUGCUCACUGUGUGGUCAGCACCCAACUACUGCUACAGAUGUGGAAAUGUGGCAGCCAUCUUGGAGCUGGAUGAGCAUCUACAGCGGGAGUUCAUCAUAUUUGAGGCAGCGCCGCAGGAGACCAGAGGCAUCCCCUCUAAGAAGCCAGUAGCUGACUAUUUCCUGUGAAGCCUUUGAGAAGACGGCAAUGAUGUGUUGAAAUCUCUGGUACAGUUUCACACCAGCUGCCCUCCAUCCUGCUGCAGGACGGUCCUGUCAGUCUGAACUCAAAGCAGUUAGACAGAAAACCUGCCAAACCCUGCAAAGCUUCAUACAGCUUCAGCUUAAAGAGCUGGGUUUUUGCCGUACUGCCUAAGGCUGACAGAGCAGUCAUUGUGAAGGAUGUAUGGGCGAGGUGGAUACUGGGCCCAUGACUGUUGUCACUUCUCCUCAUUUUCUCCCCUCAGCCUCCUUCCAUUGCUUUCCCUCUCUCCCUGUAGAUACCACAUUUGACCUCUACCACUCUUUUAGUAUUUCUCCAAGACAGACAUUGUCAUUUAGUUGAAGAAGUAUAUGGAGAGAGUUAUAUCUUUUUUUUUCCUUUUCUUUUCUUUUUUUUUUCAAAAAUGUGCAGAUGUAGAAAGUUUAACCAUUUUAUCAUUUAUGAAUUCCUUCAGUGCAUAUGUUGUCUUGUUUUUGAUUUUUGUGUAAUUGUUGCUACCAGGAUUAAAUGCAAGAUGACAUAUUUCCUCACCCCCUUUUUGUUCUUAUGUUUAACUGUCAUCUGUCAUGUGCAUCACUAGUUAACAUGUGCUGCUGCUCUGCACCAUCACAAAUACCAGAAAUGUAAUGACUGGCCAACAGAAAUCACUAUAUUCACUGUAUUCUCUCUUAAUUCAUUUAAAUCUACAAAUCUCUGUAGGUCUGUCAAUUUUGAUAUUGUGAGAAUAAAGUUUUUGUAUCAAUGCUGA